GUGAGGGAGUGGGAGCGCCGUCUCGUGGUGAUCAGCCGAGGCUCUUCCUGAUCUGGAUUUAUGGCUCGCAGCUGUUGAGCGGCUGACAGACGUGUGAGCGACUCAAACACUGCUGCUCCUACCAGCUCUGCUGCUCACUGCUGCGCGGAAAAGACGAGGACUGCUUCGCCUGAACACACAAACGUCAGCAGAUGGUGCGGGAGCAGUACGUCAGCACCACCCAGGGCAGCAGCCCGCCCAGGUCGGUGACCAACAAUGUCUACAACAUCGGGAUCUACGGCUGGAGGAAGCGCUGCCUCUACCUGUUCGUCCUGCUGCUCAUCAUCAUCCUGGUGGUGAACUUCGCCCUCACCAUCUGGGUCCUCAGGGUGAUGUGGUUCAACACGGAUGGGAUGGGACUCCUCCAAGUGAACCCAGAGCAGGUCAAGCUGGAGCACGGCGAGUCAGAGUUUCUCUUCCCCGUCUAUGCUCAGGAGAUCCACUCCAGAGAAGACACUUCACUUCUAGUGCACUCAUCGGAAAAUGUUAACCUUAAUGCCCGAAAUGAAGAUGGUAAUGUCACGGGCAGGAUAUCAGUGGGUCCAAGAGAGGCUCAGGGACAAGCUCGAAACGUGCUCAUUAACUCCCAAACUGAGAGCAUGCUGUUCACUGCAGAUGGCGACCAGGCUGUGAUUGGACCAGACAAACUGCGGGUCACAGGUCCUGAAGGAGCUCUUUUCCAGCACUCGGUGGAGACUCCCAUGCUGAGAUCUGAACUUUUAAAAGACUUGAAGUUGGAGUCCCCCACCCGCUCUCUCAGUUUGGACGCCCCAAAAGGAGUUCAUCUCAAAGCGCUGGCCGGAAACAUCGAAGUGGCUUCCAACAUGGACAUCCUUCUGCAGUCUAGCCUAGGACUGCUGGUGCUGGAUGCGGAGACGGUGUGCAUGCCGAGCCUGCCCCUAAGCCAGAGCGAAGGAGGCGUCUCUGGAAACGCUCAGGGUCUGUACGAGGUCUGCGUUUGUCCCAGUGGAAAGCUCUUCCUGUCCAAGGCCGGGGUCACCUCCACUUGCAGCGAGAAUCAGGAGUGCUAAAAAGACUCUGACAAGGUAAUCGAUUCUCCGUCUCUCGGUAGAUGCCUCUUCUGGGAGGCAACAAGCACAACUGUUUAUAUCUAGCCUGGGUUUUUUAUUUUCGUUAUCUUUGUACCACUGUGGGGCUCUUCUGAUCUCUCACUGGUGCAUCAAGGCCUGUAAAAAUACAAAUGCCUGCUGGCGUACAUGUUGGAGAUGUCAUGAAACGCAUCCUUUUCGUUGCUUUUAUGACCUCCUAACCAUUCAGCUGAAACAAAUUUGCACUCGGCUCCAAAUGUAUCUGCAUCAGAGCUUUGUGGAGGAUUUUUAUCACGCACAGUAUCAUGGCUGGGCAAUGAGGAGCUGGAAACAGCUUACAUCCUAUGCAAUAUUAUCUUGUGGUGCAAUAAAUACACAGACGCAAAUCAAAGGCUUGGAUUAAACAAAAAAUGUAUACUUAUUUUGGUUUAUGCGCCCUUUUGGCUCCAAGCCCUUGGUUGGUAGUGUGUUUGUCUUGGUGUUUAGCAUGUUUUUAUUUAAUUGGGGUAAAAUUAGAGUAAAUAUUUUGUCCUUUCAGAGAUGGAUUUCAUUUUCUUUUUGUAUUUGUUUCAAAUCUGGACACUAGACUUCUUCAUAUGCUUUGGAUUAAAACCACGUGCUUAUGAUACAAUAAAGUGUUACUAGGUAUGUAUUACGUAAUAGUUGUUUUGUUCUUUAGUUAAAGUAUGUGUGUUUGGCCUUUGUUUAAGCUCACAUAAGUACGCAUGCAAAUGUAGAAACAUCUUGCAGCGUUUACUCAAAGUAAAAAAUGCAAAACGCAGCCAGAAGCUCUAGACAAACCAGGGGACAUUAUGAAGUUGAAAGAGGACCAGCUUUAUAAUCCCUGAAUGCCAACAAGCGCUCUGGUCCUAACUGUGUGCAUCAUUUUUAGUGUGUUUUGGGCCUAGUGGUAGCACGUUUGCACCUGUCGGCCUCCGUACAAAGCAUGCAGUGAUGCUUAUGCAAUAAACCGGUAUAGCCAAUUUAAUAGUAAUGAAAAAUCUGUAGUUUAUAGGAUUCUGAAUGGAAAAAUAACAGGAUUAUUUUUUACAUAAUAUGCAUGUCAGGUGACAUUUGCAUCUGUAAGAUUAGGAUUAAAAAGGGCAAUAUUUUUAAAUGAUGGAAACAUUCAUCUAUGUAUCUGCAUCACUGUUUUGAACACAUUACUCAUGGUGUUGUGUUAUCAUUGUCAGUAUUAUUAAGUAGGUCAUUUGCAGUUUUCCCACGUGUUCUGACAUAUUUUAUAAGUGUGUAAUGUGUAUUUAUUAUUUUUGUAUGUUUAAUAAACUUUGUGCUAUUCUUCUA